CCGGCGUCCUGUCCAUACGCUUCGCAUUUUGUACGAGUUCCCAACCCCACUCCCUCACCGCCGGUCACCAUUCACCAUACCACAAUGCAUCAUCCCGCGAUCCUCCUCCUCCUCCUCGCCGCCUCGCCUCUCGCCGCCAGCGCAGCAAUAUCCGACUGCUUCGGCGGCGUAUACGCGGCCAACAGCACCUACGAAGCAAACCUCCGCCGCCUGGCCGCGAUCCUCCCCGCCCAGACCGCCUCCUCCCAGCGCCUCGAGGCGUCCCGUGACCUGGGGUACUGGCCCAGCCGGGUGCGAGCCUUCUCGCGCUGCUACCUUGACCGUCACCAGGGCUUCACCUCCUCCUCCUGCGCCGCCUGCGUCGCCGCCGCCUUCCGGGAGGCGGAGACUGCGUGCCCUCACAACACCAGGGUCAUCGUCUUCGCUGGCAACUGCACUCUCGCUCUCGCCGAUUACCCUAGAUCUAUCCCCUUCUUCGGACCUAGCACUUGGUUUGAAUUCUUGGGUGCAGGACUGCUAUUUCAAGCAAUCGGUUUUGCGUGGCUCUUCUUCCUGCUUCUGCAAGAAUGGCGUGACAAAAGAAGAGCCUCUAUGAUGGCCAGCUACUUGCGGGGGCCGCCGGUCGGAGGCAGCCACGUGCGCUCGUCUUAAAAUAAAUGAGCUAGACCUGCAAAUUUUUUUAAUGCGUUCUAGCUCUAUUCCUUCUGGAGAUCAAUAGUUCAUCAAACUUGGUCACACACUUCUGGGCAUCAGCCUAUACUCCAUGAGGAAGGAAAAAACAAGUCACGCGCUACAGUCAAUACAUACAUGUUUAUGUCAACAAUGAGUUGGUUUAUAGGCAACCCAUGGUUUGAUAUUGUCCUCCAGUUUGAAGGUUUCAGAUCUUUACGAAUAAGUUCCAACAUCCGCUUCACUCA